AUGAAUCGUCCUCUUUUUCGAGCACGAAAUCUUGAUCCUAGUAAACGUAUACGACUAUUUGUCGAUCAACAUGAUGAUAACAAUAAUACACUCACGAAUUCAUCAUCGUCAACCACAACCACAGUAGCAGCAGCAGCAGCAGCAGUUACAGCAACAUCAUCAACAUCAUCAACAACAACAACAACAACAGCAACAGCGACAACAACAACAGCAGCAGCAGCAGCAGCAACUCAAUCAGCUUCUAGUAAUAAUCUUCUUGAGUAUCUUUCGUCCACAUCUAAUCUUCAAACAUUUCACCAAAAUUCAUCAUCCUCUGCGUCAUUGUCAAAUGCACAAUUACCACAACGAUGUGUACCACAAAUGCCAUUCGUAUCGGGAAUGGAAAGAGAAGAAGAAUCGGAAUAUCAUCUUCAAAAUGCUCUUGAUGCUCAAAGACGUCUUGGUUCAGCUAAAAUUCGUGCUGUACCAAUCCCUGAUUUAUAUGAAGAUCCAAAUAGUCAAUCCAUAUAUCCUGCAAAUAUUGAAUUACCUAAACAACUUAUUCGUUUACAACCUUUACAACUUGAAUCUGAUGAACCUGAAUAUGAUAUGGAUAGAGCCGAUCAUGAGUGGUUUAAUGAAUAUGGUCGAGUAUCUUGUCCAAAUCUUACACAUCUCGAAUAUGAAAUCAUUAUUGAUAAACUUGAGAAUGCAAGUACACGAACACUUAUUUCAUACGAUGAAGCACGUACAUUACUUUCCAAUAUUGAUGAAAUAUAUUUGAAAACGGUUUAUGACUUUUGGCAUAAACGUCGAACAACACGGGAUAAACGAUUGAAACCAAGAUUGCUGACAGAACGUGAUAUUAAAGAAGAAAAAGGCAAACAUCAUCCUUAUGUGGCAUUUAGACGAAGAGUUGAAAAAAUGACCACAAGAAAAAAUCGUAAAAACGAUGAGCAGGCAUAUUUGUCUAUGCUCAAGUUGCGUUCCAAUUUUGAAGCCGUCGUCAAACUCACAAGUAUGAUCAAAGUUCGGGAAGCAACCAAAGCAUCAUUGUUGGAAUGUGCACUUUCAAUUUUUAAAGCACGAUGUGAAUCGAAGCCCGACGACGAAGCAUCGACGACUAACUCAUCUAUCACACAGCCGACAAAUCACGAUCGACAUUCUCAUCAUCAUCAUCAUCAUCGUUCCAGUUUAAAAACAUCUUCAUUGUUGAACAGUAGUAGUAGUUUAACAGCUGCACAGCAUCAACAAUUGUUGACACAAUUGAUGCGCAUUGAAAAUCAUAAAAAGACUCAAUUGUCAUCAUCAACAUUAGCUAGUCUACUUCAAACACCUAUACAAUCACGAUCAUUAUCGAAUGAUUCGAAUGAUUCUUUACAACCGAAAUUAAAACGGUUUAAAGCAUCUGAUUCUUCGAUGAAUAAUAAUAAUAAUUUAUCGUCGAAAAAACUUUUGAAAAAAUUGAAUAAUACGGAUAAAUUAACUCAAUUGUUGUCAUCACCAACUACACCAUCAUCCCCUACUGUACAUAAUUUGGCAUUGCCACAAUCUAUACUCGAACGACUUUCACCAGGAAACGCAUUUUCAUCUCAAUUACAACAACAACAACAACAACCUGGUAAACGACGUUCAAAAAAUUCUCUAACAGGGACAGUUAAACAAGGCAAAAACCAUCGAAAUCUUCCACUAGCAGAUUUAUGGUCCUUGACAGAAAAUACACCAGGUGGUGCAAUUUUGCUUAAAGCUCAACUUCUUGAAGCAGCAAAAAAAUUGCAGCAGAAAGAGGAGCUUGAUAAUAACACAAAUCGUCGUGUUAUUUUGCAAGAUGGUUCAUCUAUAUUAUCUAAUUCAAAUGAGAACAUAAAUAAUUCAUUUGAUGGAAUUGGAACGAGUAUUGAUGAUGAAGAAUCUGCUGACCCUUGGCAAUUCCGGCCUAAAGCUGGAUGUAGAUAUCUAAGGCCAAUUGAUCAAGAUCAACAACAGCAUGUUCUACCUAGACGUUCAACGUUUUCAUCGUUUUGUUUUGUGGCUUGUUCUGAACGAGGUCAUCUUGGCAAACGACGUGUACGCAUGGGACGGGGUGGAAGACUUCUCUAUGAUCGUCAUAUUGAACAGGAGAAUAAAGAUUUAACAGAUGAUACAUUUCUGUCAUCACAUAUCACAGACAAACCCGUGUUAUGGUGUCUUUCAUCUCGACCAUCACUUAAAGAAUCCUAUCAUCUUCAUUCACAUUUAACCGUUAAAGAUCAUACGAUGUCAUUAGCACAACAUUUCCAAUCGAAAUCAUCAUCUAAUUCGUCGAUUUACUUAAACGAUACUGUAUCAUUGAAUACUGCCGGUAAACAUCGACCAUCAUUUUCUAUUGAACUUGAUCAUCCAUAUUCAUGUUCAUCACGUCGUGUUAAUCAAGCUUUAUAUACAUUAAGCGAACCACAACCACCAUCACCAUCGUCACCAUCUCCAUUAACAUCAUCAAAUUCCAUAUCUACAUCACAACAGAUGAUGUUAAUAUCAACACCGCCGACACCACCUUCAUCGACGCUAAAUAACAACGAUAUGGAUACUUCACAACAGGAACACGUCGACGAACAACAACAAUUCUUCAGUAAAUCGUCGUCAACAUAUGUUCUUUCUCCAACAACACCCGUUUUUCCUUCACAUCAUCCGUCAUAUGUUAUUCCUUCUACACCUCUACCACCAACAUCACCAUCAACAACACCAACAAAACAAACACCAUCAUCAUGUGGUCUUGUACAAUUAGUUCAGCUUCAUCGUAAACAUCCUCCAACGAAGACCCAUAAAUUCACAUCAUCAACACCGGUGACUACAUCCGAUUCUUGA